CGACAGCUCCGCUCCACGUAGAGCGGAGUAAGCAGUGGAAGCAAACCUGGCAACGCAAAAAGACUCUCGAUUCAACACAACGGAUGAUGCCAUUAUUCGUUUUUAAUGCUGACCGCUUAUUGCGACGAUAGGUUCAUCGGCGUUUCAGAUCUUGCAGCAGUUAGAUUCUCGCUGCCGUCGCAGUUGCUCGAGCCUACCCCGAACUUGGAAUACUGGACCUAUAUCGAUGCCCCCAAUGCCUUCGUUGCUAUGGGCACUUCCGAUGACCCUCUCGAUCGAAUGCUCGAGGUCGUGCGCUUUUGGUUGACGAAGGAUCUGAAGUAUGCCAAAGGAAAGCCAUGCAAACCUUACAAUUCAUGUCUCGGCGAAUUCUUCAGGUGCAACUGGGAAACUGAAGAUAACGCCCCGAAGAUCGAUACUUCAAGCCUCCAACAGACUAAUGGCACCUCCAAGGGUGGCCUUUCAGCGCUGAAAGUGGCAGCGAAGAGUGAUAAGAACGCUUCAAACGUCUCACUGUCUGUGCCUCAGCAUGGCGCUGCAAAGGACGACAAGCUUAUUCGCGUCUCGUAUCUUACUGAGCAGACCUCACAUCACCCCCCUGUGAGCGCCUUCAAUGUCACCUGCCCCGAGAAGGGUAUCACUGCCCGCGGUUUUGACCAGAUCACUGCCAAGUUCACAGGUACCUCCGUCAAGGUCCUUCCCGGUGAACACAACAUGGGCAUCUUCAUAACCCUCGAAAAGCGUGAUGGGGAGACCUACCAGCUUACCCACCCGGCGGCCCAUCUGGGCGGUCUUCUCCGCGGAGCUUUGAGCGUAUCGGUCAGCGAAUUCGCUUACAUCACAUGCCCCAAGACCAAGAUCAAGGUCAUUCUGCACUAUGUGGAGGAGGGCUGGCUGGGACGCACAACAAACAAGAUUGAUGGCGUUGUCUUCAAGUAUGAUCCUGAUAACGAUGACAAGUCUCGAGUUCAAGACGUGCCUGAUGAAGAUGUCCUUGCUCGGUUGAGUGGUCCAUGGAAGGAGAAGGUUGUUUUUACUCUCGGUCCCAGACCAGUUAAAUCUGUACCCGUGGAAGAGCAAUACACCAUUAUCGAUAUUGCACCCCUCAGUGUUGCGCCCAAGAUCAUCCCUCCCAAGGAAAAACAGCUCCCCAACGAGUCUUUAACCCUUUGGGGUGGUGUUACAGAUGCUAUCCACGCUAAACAAUAUGGCAAGGCUACCCAGGUGAAGGUCGAGCUCGAAGAAGCCCAGCGCGAGAAGGCCCGGCAACGUGAGGCCAACAAGGAAACGUGGCAGCCCGUCUUUUUUAAACAUGUCACCGGUAACGAUGGCAAGCCCGAUCUGACCGACAAGGGCCGCGAGGUCCUUGAACGGGCGCAGAAGGGUGACUGGUCGCUCGAAGGAAUCAUGUAGACGUUCGUCUUUGCUUUGAGGUUUCGAUUGUGUCGUGCAUUAGAUGCGGUUUUCUGCUGCAAACACGAACAACUGAAGGGAAAUUGAGGAGCAUAGUUGGGAUUGUUAGACGACAUAUUUCUUUUGGACUUUUCUGUGUCAGAAAGACACUUCUGGGAUAGAGCUUUAUUGCGCCGGAGAGUAGCACGGGGGCGGUAUUUGAAUCAGAAGUUGAUGAACCCCGAAAAUGCAUGGCGGGCUUGCGCACUCGUUAUUUGGAGUUGUGGGAGUUUUUGAGGCCCAGGAUUAUUGCUGACAAGAUAGCAAGAUCCUC